CCAAGUUAGGGUUUUAAUUCUUCCCAACCCGCUCAGAGCAGAUCGGCCGUCGAAGAACGAAGCUGCUCGAUUCGUAAUCCAAAAAAUGUCUCUCGUUGCAAACGAAGAUUUCCAGCACAUUCUACGUGUGCAGAACACGAACGUUGAUGGAAAGCAGAAGAUUAUGUUCGCCAUGACCUCGAUCAAGGGUAUUGGUCGCCGUUUCGCCAACAUCGUCUGCAAAAAGGCCGAUAUUGACAUGAAUAAGAGGGCUGGUGAACUCUCUGCUGCCGAAAUCGACAGCUUGAUGGUUAUUGUUGCGAACCCCCGCCAGUUCAAGAUCCCCGACUGGUUUUUGAACAGGAAGAAGGAUUACAAGGAUGGCAAGUUUUCCCAGGUGACAUCCAACGCCCUGGACAUGAAGCUCAGAGAUGAUCUUGAGCGAUUGAAGAAGAUCAGAAACCAUCGUGGUCUCCGUCACUACUGGGGCCUCCGCGUGCGUGGACAGCACACCAAGACCACCGGUCGCAGGGGAAAGACAGUUGGUGUCUCAAAGAAGCGAUAGAGCGUUGUCAUUUCAUCUAUAUCUUGUUGCUAUGGAUACCUUUGUUUUGUUUUAGGCUUUGCAAGAGAUUUACAUGAACCAACUUCUUUACCUUUGUUUUGGAUUCCAAGUUUGUCUUCCAAUAUUGAUUUUGAUCAUUAUUUUUAUGACACUCGGUAAAUCAAAGAAGGAACUUGUAGCUUUUUGUGCCCAAGUAAUUUAUUCGAAGAAUUUUAUUAA